GUGGGGUAAAAAUCCCAGAAGUCAAUGACGGCAAACCACGCGAUCGCAUUUCCCCAAAUCCACCCCGUACCUCUCGUCCCUUUAUUCCGACACUUCGUUUGUGGUUCUGCCCAAGUCGUGUCUCAUUUUGAAUAGUAUUGGUUUAAAUAGCAUCCCUUCCCUCUUCCCGGGAUGAUUCUGCUUUUCAAUUCUUCCUUUCCCGAAAUCCAGCCGAAGCUCAUCCCCGCACGCGGGCUUAUCUACCACUUUGUCUAAAGUUAGUACUACCUCUCUGUCGCUUUUACAAGCCGGCGAAUCUGGCCCGAGGCCAUUCGGCAACUGUGUACUUCGGGGACUCUCCGACUGAAAUCACGGAAAUCCAAUCUACUACACCUUUCUCUUCACAAUCCACAACGAUGCCGUGUGGGUCCCAAUCGACCUGUGAAGGCUGCUCCUGCAGCGCCCAAAAUGGCACACCCCCACCCCCCGUCAACAUCGAAGACUGCGAAUCCGAGCUGCUGGCGCUCCGCAAGCGGACUAUGGAGCUGGAGAAGACGUUAGCCACGAUGGCUAAGAGCAGCGGUGCAUCUGGCCCCAAGCGGGGUCGGCGACUGCGCUCCGCGGACUGGUUCCGAUGCGAAGAGGACCCGGGCAUGAUGGCGCUGUACAUCGAGCGAUAUCUCAACUACGGGAUGACCCGGGAAGAACUGAUGUCCGGCAAGCCCAUCAUUGGAAUCGCGCAGACAGGGUCGGACCUGGCCCCCUGCAAUCGACAUCAUCUGGAACUCGCAAAGCGGGUUCGGGAGGGGAUCAGAUCGGCGGGCGGCAUCGCGUUUGAGUUCCCUACUCAUCCCAUUCAGGAGACGAGUCGACGGCCAACGGCGUGUAUUGAUCGCAACUUGUCGUAUCUGAGUCUGGUGGAGGUUCUGCACGGGUACUUUUUGGACGGAGUGGUCAUGCUCACGGGAUGUGACAAGACAACCCCGGCUUGCUUGAUGGCGGCUGCUACUGUGAAUAUUCCAGCUAUCUGUAUGAAUGUUGGCCCAAUGCUCAACGGCUAUGUUAAGAACGAGCUGGCGGGUUCUGGGAUGGUGGUCUGGAAGGGCAGGGAGAAGUAUGCCGCUGGCGAGAUAAACACGGAAGAAUUUGUGGACUAUAUCUCUCGAGGGACUCCGUCAGCAGGACACUGCAAUACAAUGGGCACAGCGUCAACAAUGAAUGCGCUGGCUGAAGCCUUGGGUAUGGCGCUGCCCGGCUCGGCCGCCAUUCCUGCUCCAUAUCGCGAACGAAGUCAGUGUGCAUAUGAGACGGGUGUACGGAUCGUGGAGAUGGUUCACUCCGAUCGGAAACCGAGUGACAUCAUGACGCGAGAAGCUUUUGAGAAUGUAAUCGUGGUCAACACAGCUAUCGGUGGUAGCACCAAUGCCCCAAUCCACAUCAAUGCCAUAGCAAAGCACAUCGGAGUCGAUCUUUCCCUUGAUGACUGGGAUAAUCUGGGGUUCCAUAUUCCCCUCCUUCUGAACAUGCAACCUGCGGGGGAGCUCCUGGGCGAAGAAUACUACCGCGCAGGUGGACUGCCUGCGAUCAUGGCAGAACUGCUCGACGCAGGGAAGCUGAAUGCAGGGGCUGUCACAUGCAAUGGUCAUACAGUAGCAGAGAAUGUGCGGGGGAAACACACCUGGGACCGUCGGACGAUCCGGGCUUUUGACAAACCUAUCCUUCAAGAUGCCGGGUUCCUUCACCUACGGGGCACGUUGUUUGAGUCUGCCAUCAUGAAGACAUGUGUGAUCUCGGACCAGUUCCGGCAAAGCUUCUUGGAGAAUCCCGAUGAUCGUAAUGCAUUCGAAGGGGCGGUGGUGGUUUUUGACGGACCUGAAGAUUACCACCAUCGGCUUGAGGAUCCUGCAACCCCGAUUACCGACAAGAGUAUUCUGGUAAUGCGCGGGGCUGGACCGCUCGGUUAUCCAGGUGCAGCAGAAGUGGUGAACAUGCAUCCUCCGGGGAACCUUUUGAGACAAGGAGUCAAGUCGCUCCCUUGCAUUGGCGAUGGGCGACAAUCGGGUACCUCCGGAUCUCCAUCGAUCCUGAACGCAAGCCCCGAGGCAGCUGCAGGAGGGAAUCUGGCCAUUUUGAAGGAUGGCGAUCGCCUGCGUGUCGACCUCAACACACGCCGAGUCGAUAUCCUCGUUUCCGCGGAGGAACUGCAAAGACGGCGCGACGAACUCGAGGCCAAAGGAGGGUAUGGAGUGCCGGAAAGCCAGACCCCAUGGCAGGAGUUAUUUCGCAAAGAAACAGGACAGCUGAACGAAGGAAUGGUUCUUCGUGAGGCUGUCAAGUUUCAACGGUUGGCUCAACGUUAUGGGGCACCGAGACAUAACCAUUGAUGAAAUGACGCCAUUCACUUACAGCAAAUUGAAAUAAUAAUCUCUCAAGAAUAACUCUUGGCUCAUGGCCCAGUCCUACUUGUCUGGAAUGUGCGUACUGGCUUUUGGUCAAGUGAUGUAGACCUCAGUCUUGGCCCGUGAUUCCUCUCUUGGAGGAUAAUGCAUCGCACUGGAAGUGUAGGCAGUCGCAUAUGCAGCCUUAACAAAAAAAAGAAAAAGAAAGAAGGAAAAGAAAAACAAUAAGU